UUGUUUUUUUUUUUUUUACAUUAUUAAAAAAAUUUUUUUUUUUUACAAAAAUGUCUAAAUUAAUCCGAAGAGAAUUAAUAGAAGCAGCACUUACGAGAGCAUAUUUGUCAAUUGAUUAUAGUAUUUGUAUUGGCCUUCAUAAACAAUAUAAAUUUUGUGAACAAUUCAUUCUUGCUGAUGAAUCUCUUACAGAAGAAGAAAAAACUGAAGCAAUAAGAAAAAAUAAUAAAUAUUAUGACCGAGAUAAAAUUAUUUACAAUGAAGGGACAAGAAGAGUUUGUGAAAAUUGUAACCAAAAAUGUUUAGCUACAUUAUAUUGUGAAUAUUGUGUUCGAAAUUAUUUAAAAUAUAAUUUUUCAAAUUGGACUUCUGAAAAUAAUGUUAUUGAUAAUUUAAUAAAAAAUUGCCAAAUGGAAACAUCUAUACCAAGUAGAAUUAUUGAAUGGAUUCCAUAUAAUAAUUUAGAAAAUAUUAAAUAUCUGACAAAAGGCGGAUUCUCAGAGAUUUAUACAGCAGAUUGGAUUGAUGGUGGAUAUGAAGAAUGGGAUUCUAAAGAACAACAAUUAAUAAGAUCUGGAACCCAUGUUGUAAUACUUAAAGAAUUAAAAAAUGUUGAAAAUGCCAGUCAAAAUUGGUUUGAAGAGGCUAAAUCACAUUUAACUUUAAGCAACAAAAAUUCAGAAAUUGCUCAAUGUUUUGGUUUAACAAAAAAUCCAUCAAAUGGAAAUUAUAUGCUUGUAAUAGAAAGGUUUAAUAUGAAUUUAAGAGAAUAUUUGCAACAAAAUCAUAAUCAACUUACAUGGAAUGAAAGAAUUAGAAUUACCUUUGAAAUAAUUAAUGCACUUUAUUAUAUUCAUAAAGAGAAUUCAAUUCAUAGAGAUUUACAUUCUGGAAAUAUAUUAUAUUCACAGCUCAAUGACUGUUGGCGAAUUAGUGAUCUUGGAUUUUGUGGUCCUGCAGAUAAACCAUCAACAAGCAUAUAUGGAAAUCUUCCUUACAUAGCACCUGAAAUUAUUAUUGGAAGAGGAUAUACUUUUAAAUCUGAUAUUUAUAGUAUUGCAAUGCUCAUGUGGGAAAUUUCAUUUGGACAACCUCCAUUUAUGAAUUAUGAACAUGAUUGUAUUCUUGCAUUUAAUAUUAUUGAUGGUAUAAGACCAAAAAUCAUAUCAGAAAUUCCUUCAGAAUAUAAAAGUUUAAUGGAACAAUGCUGGGAUGCUAAUCCAUUAAAAAGACCUGAUAUUGAUACACUUUUUGAUAAAAUAAGUGAAAUUAAAACAUAUUAUCAAAACAAUCCAAAUGAAUUACCUCAAUUAAUAGCAAAAGUAGAUAAAGAAAAAAUUGACAUAGAUAGUAAAUCAUUUACAAGUAAAAUUUAUAAAUUUGAAAACCUACCUGAACCAAAAAAUGCAGCAGAAGAAGAACAAAAAGCAUUUUAUAUCAGUAGAUCAUAUGAUUUUAGUAUUUCUAGUAAUGCUAGUAAUCUAAGUAAAUCGAGUAAUCAAUAUAUACCAAUUAGUUCCAAUGAUAAUGAUAGUAAAGAAUCACCCAGAUUAUCGAAAAAAUUAAAAAUAGAGAAUGUAGACGUUCAAAAUGACUAUGAGGAAGAAUUUAUGCAACGACGAUCAAAUAUUGGUACUAAUGAUGAAGUACAAAAUAAUCCAAGUCUUCAUUCAGAACAAGAUAAAACAGAAAUUCUCGAUGAUGAAUCUUAAAUUAAUUUACAAUUUGACGAUAUGAAUUCAAAUUCAUUUAUUUUACGUUGAAUUAUUUAAACACUAAGAUUAUAGAGUAAUAGGAAGAUUCUUAGUUUGUAAUUUAAAUAAUUUAGUCAUUCUUAUUUUUUUAUAGGAUUAUUCAAUUAUUAAAUAUUUA